AAUGAAACAUUAAAAACAUCCCUGCAUGCACGAGAGAAGCAAUCACACAAGCACAAACCCCACAGCCCAAAGGCACAGGUAAAUAAAUAACCUCUAAUUUACACCCCCAUUCAUUAUUCAGCGGGACGAACACUGAACACACACCAGCAGAGGGUCACUUAGGGACCCACGCCGUUCCGUCAUUCGGUCUGAGGCGAUAGGCGGCGCAGGUGGCGGCGGAGGCAACUCGCGUCUCCAUGACUCAGCUCAGUCCUGUGAUCAGGGUGGCCGCCGAGGAGUGGGUGCCCUACACCACGCUCCUACACCACAACGGCACACUGGACGUCGCAGGCCCCAUGAAAUACUUCCUGGAUGAGUUUUGUGAAGUCCUGGGAGCGAGUUACGAGAUCCUGCGUCCCUCUGAUAGAAUGUGGGGGAUGAUGCUGCCCAACGGCUCCUACAGCGGCAUGGUGGGGAUGAUCCUGAGGGAGGAGGUAGACUUCGCCUUAGGUCCAUUCUUCUUGAACGACGAGAGGGAGGAAGUGGCAGAUUUCACCGCCACCUUUUACUACGACUCCUAUUACAUCGUGUCGCAGCGGCCGGUCGCCUCCAGUGACCCUGCCGGGAUUAUCAAGACCUUUCAGCCUCAGGUUUGGCUGCUGGUGGCGGUGUGCAUGGCAGUGGUGGGCGUGGUCAUGAUGGGCAUGAUGUGGCUCACUGAGAGGCUGCAGGGGAGUGGCAGCCCGUCCCGUGUGUCGUGGGCGGUAAUGUGGAGCGUCAAGGGCCUGUUACAGGAACCAACGUCGUGGCUGCCUGGAAACGCCAGUGGCCGGCUGAUGGUGGCAGUAUGGGUCCUGUCCGCCCUGGUGAUCGCGUCUGUCUACCAAGGAAACAUCACUGCCAUGCUCACGCUCCCCAAAAUCAAGGGGCUAAUUGACACCGUAACCGACCUUAUCAAUCAGAAUCGCUUGCCCUGGAAAUUGGAGCAUGGAGGGUUGAAAGAUAUUUUGUUGAAUUCCAAGGAUAAAGCGAUGCAGAAAAUGGCCACCAAAUUUUCAGGCUUCAUCCCGAGCUGCUGGUCUGCACGCCACGAGAUCCAAACCGGGAAGUUCGCCGCGGCCUGCGACAAGACCUCCAUCAUGAGCAUGAUGGCCUGGGACUUCAGCACAACCGGCCGGUGUCACUUCUACAUGGGGAAAUACGGUAUCAUCACUCUUGGGAGUUUCUCAUUGCUCUUCCCCACCAACUCCUCCUUGAUGGGGAGAGCCAACCAGCUAAUCUUCAAGCUGACGGAGGGAGGCUUGUGGGCCGAGUGGCUGGCGUGGCAACUCGGAAACUCCAAGGAAUGUUUGAAGCCGCCGACAGCUGACCGAGGCGAGGGUGUGAAGCCGCUCGGUGUGCAGGAUAUACUGGGCUUAUUAAUUCUCCUGGCUAUUGGGUACCUCGCCUCGCUGCUUCUGUUCGCUGGGGAAACUCUAUUCUUCCACCGGACCAACCAUGUGCCCAAGAUAACCGCAAGUUUGUCUCCACCCACACGCGCCGCCAGCCCCUGACCAGACCUGAAUGCCCCGCUCUCCCCUCCUCGUCAAAUGUUCUCCGCCACAUGCCAUGGUGAAGAAUUAGACAAGGGUCAUUCUGGCAAUGAAAUAUUAAUGCUAUAUUAAAAAAGUGUCGUCUUACGUGUUAAGGUUUCUGACAACUAAGGUUAUAUAUGUAAAACUGUUACCUUACGUACUAUUUAGGCUUCCGCAAUCAAAUAUUAACAUUAUAAUAAAAAAAUCUUUACUUUAUGUAUUAUUGUUUAGUAUAUGUAUCUUCAGUUUUCAUGCAAAAUAUUUAUUUAUUUAUUUUUCAGUUGACGAUUCAGUCCAAAUAUUAGAAAAGAAAAAAAAAGUAUUGUAUAUUUUAGGUCCAUAUCAUUUGAGCGCAAUAUUGUUUGCAAAGUGAAUCUUUAGCAAUAAUCUGUAAUUCUAAAGCGUGUUGUCUGUCUGGUCGGAUUUCAAAAAGUAGAAUUAGUGCACUGUGACGAGGAAGGAACCUAACCAUUAAAGAGCAGUGACAUUCAUUGCAUCUAAUUUCUUUUCUCUAGCUUCUCUUGAUUUCUGAAUAUUCUUAACCAUUAUCUUUUCUCCCAUUUUUUUUAAGUCACUCCUUCACAUCCUUAGUCUGCUCUCCACAUAUGGUUAAUUAAGCAGCUUUCUACGCACCUGUAACUCGAUUGCUGCUCUAAGUAAUCAAACAAUAGUCAGCAAUAACUCAGUUUCAACACCUUUGUACUUUUCCAUGUCAUUGUAAUUACAGUUCAGAACAAUA